GUGAACGUUUUCUUUUUCUCUCCAUCUCCAACAAACAAAAAAUUAUUUUUUGUGCAAGCUAAGCGCUGUAGUGGCUAUUGCGUCUUAACAAUUAAAUUUGCUUGAAAACCAAAGAUAAAAUUUAUAAUUAAUAAAUAAAACAUGUGCAUGAACUCUUGAAAGUAAUAGAAAAAUAACUAAUCACAAUGGUUUCGACGAGACAAAUGAGUAGUAUAGGCAGCAGCAAUAGUGGCGGCGAUGGGUCAGGACCAUCUCACGCGGAACCGGUGACGGUGGCCCGUGUGACACGGCACUCGAGCGCCUUACUCCCCGGGGGCUCCUCUCCACAUGCCGGUUCUUCUAAAAAUACAUUGGCACCGCCACCCAAAGUAUUUACCACUAAUUUCCUUGAUAUGCCUACCGAAGUCGUGGAAAAGAUUUUUCGCAUUUUGGGAUUCAAAGCAGUCGCGCAACUGAGAUUGGUCAAUAGGCAGUUCAAUACAAUUUGCAGUGGUUUAUUAAACUCAACAUUCCAACGUCUACAAAAUCAGAUGCUGCACAGAUUUCAGUCAAUAAAAGCUAAAAUGCCCCGAAGGGAGUCAGCUCGUCGAAGCCAUCCAUUAGCAUGUGAAUCUGAUAUUAUUGAAACAUUACAUAUGAGAUUGAGUCUAUUGCAAAUGACAUUUGGGAAACAUAUUGAGAGAAAACACUGCUGUUUUUUUCCUGGAGAGAUACUGGAUGAAGUGUAUGGCAUUCUAUCAUAUUUGAAAACGGCAACUAAGUUGGCGAGGCCUUAUAAAGUAACGGAUGAGCUGUUUGAUUUAACUACAAUGGCAAUGGAAUAUUUUAAAGAGCACAUUGAACCUAAUUUGCCUGAAAUUACGUACUUUGGUACUGAUUUCUUUGAUAUUACUAAUGCAUUUUCACCUGGUGAGAGUAGCAAGUCGUAUUUGUGCCUGGACUCGCCGCCGCCGAGUGGGUUCGAGGCGCGGUCAGCGGCGCCGGGUGGUAGUAGUGCGGGAGACCGAGACACCUCUGUUAUGAACCCCUAUCUGGAGGAGAGCCUGCCACCCUCGCCGCCGCCGCCGCAGAGUAAUAUGGUGCUCCGGAAACGGAUACAUCGCAUCAAACAGGGCAUGAAAAAGUACAAUGACCAGCUGUCUGCAUUACGCACGGACCUGCGCAGCUGCAAGCGGAAGACCGCCCUCCAGCAGAAGCAGAUCGCAGAGCAACAGAAACAGAUCGCGGAGCAGCAGAAACAGACCCUGGAAUAUGCCAAUCGCCUCGACGACUACGACAAGAAGAAUGAAGAGACAAGUCGGAAGUUUCAGACUUUGUUGCAGGAGUUAAACAAAUGUAAGACGGAGCUGCAGUACUGGAGGUCGCGGUCGCCGGCUGUGCCGCCGCUGUGUGCCGAGUGCGGGGCCUCACUGCGACUCUCACCUGCCGCUUUAGACCAGUGGGCUACCGCGGAGACGGAAACUAAUGAGACAGCAACAGCGGGAGGUAGCAAAGACGCGGCGGUUACACCGGCGUCUACUGAACCCGAACCUGUCACAGAGAUCCCCUUGAAGAACGACCAUAAAUCUGAAGCCAGCAGCGGCGAGGAGAGCACCAACACUCCGCCUACACGCAGGAGGGCCUCCGCAGACGCCACGGCAACACCCGACCGCAAGAAACGUCGUCUUACCCGCCCAAGGAAACUUUAAACAGAGGUAAUUUCUACCUAUAGAUAUAAAACCUAUUCCGGACCACAAUAUUACGGUGAAAAAGUGUCCGGAAGCCCUUUGUUGGGGUAAGAUCACUCAGUGAAGUCAUUUACAAUACAGAAAAUUUAGAUAAUCGACUUUCGAUUAGAAGUCAAACUUGUAUGAGACACUCCAUCUAUAGGUUAUAUAUUUAUGCUCGCUCUGGUAUACUGCUGUUUUGAUCAUCCUGUAUACCAAAUACUUUACAGCGAUUUUAACUACACAUGUGGAAAAGUUAGUUCCGUAUCAAUUUGUAAAGUAUAAAUUUUUUCCGUUUGAAAUU